CUUUCAAUUGCAAAUGUCAAAAUUCAAAUCAGAAUUGACAACGAAAGCCUUUGACAUUGGAUAAAAAUUACUGUUACAAUAACAACCUAGCUUCCUUGAUGUCAGCUUGUAGUUAUAGUCCCUUUCUCGCAUGACGAUUUUUCCAAACUAUUUACCCCUUAAGUUUAAUAGCCUGAAAAUAUAUAGCCUAAAGAUGACGUAAGUGUAGGGCUUUUUUGUUAGGAAAAAAAUGUUUACGCAAGUGAAAGUCUUGUUGCGUUCAACGAUCUCCUGUGACGACAGUGAGAGUACUUUGCCUUACCCUUACUCGCCCUGGUCGCUGUUCCACCACCAUUAUAAGUAAUUACAGCGUUUCUUGUCAAUUAUUUACUUCUGAUAAUUUACGUAUAUACGGACGUCCAUGUAAUUAAUUUAUUCUAAACAGUGUAAAUUCAUUUUUAAAAGUGAAUUUAACUUAAUCAAUUGGCAUGACAAUGGCAGCACGUCCGCCAUGUCACGAAGCUUUUGUUGUCAAUGGCGCAAUUGUCAAAUUGAAAACAAAUCGUAAAAGUCACAAUUGGAUAGAAUCCUUUAAUUCAGAAUUUAUAUUGAUAAUACAACAAACGAGAAAUAAACAUAAACUAUAAUGAUCCACAAACUGAUUGACACGAGUGACGAUAUUAGAUUUAAACAAAGAUAAAAUUCUAGUGCCACAAAUACUGAAGAUAUUGAUCAAGGCAGAGCCAUUAACAUAAUCACUAGCGAUGGAUUAUUGUUUACCAUGAAAAGAAUGCAAUCGACUGUAUUUAUUAUUUCAGAUUGUUUGACUGCAUAAAUAUAUCGAAGUAAUGGGGUGUCUUCAUAGUAAAAAAGAGGUUAUCGAACUACAUCCCAAUAUUUUUCGUGUGCUUAAUAUCAAUGAUGAUGGAAUAGAGGUCACUACAGGUCAAUUAGAGAUUACAGAAUCCGAUAUUGUUUUGCAUAGAGAAGGAAUAGAUUCUAUUGUGUGGCCUCUACACUCGUUAAGACGGUAUGGUUUUGAAGGAGAAUUGUUUAGUUUUGAAUCAGGUAGAAGAUGCGAGACAGGAGAAGGAAUUUAUGCAUUUAGAUGCAGAAGGGCUUCUUCACUAUUUCGGUCUUUACAACAACAAAUUCAACUAAAAAAUGUUGUUCAAGAUUCUGUGCCAUACCCUGUAUCUCGAUUAACACCAUCCCCUCAAGGACGUCAAACAUUACAGGCCUCUGUAGUUCACCGUUCUUCAAUUGAUAAUGGACAAGUUGAUGCAGCAGGACCAACUCACAACAGCAAUCUUCCCAUUAUAGCUUCAAACAACACUGUCAUGAGAAAUGCCACCCAGUCACCUCGUUCACCUUCUAGUGCUGAUAUUUUAGAAGUGAUGCCAUUAAAUCCACGUCCUCAAGCAGCCAAUAGUCAAGUUUCUAAUGUAUACCAAGUAAGCGAUUUUAAAAGAGAACAUAAUAAUAACCAAGAUGCAGUGACAUCGACAGAGACUCGUCAUGUAUACAGUAAUGAUAUAAGUAGGGAUUUGGCCGUUCUUAGAAACACUUUGCGACAAGAAACUGCUUUGAAUACUAUUAAAGAUAUUGAAGACGAAACUAGAUACUUGGAAAGUCGCUAUGUUAAUGAAUCUAUUCCUAAAAAUUCAGCAAAUAAAGCACUGUCACCAACUUUAAGUAGUACAAGUGAACAUUAUGCACAGCUCAGUAUAGAACAACAGGAAGCAGCAAGGUUGUAUGUUAAUGUAGCCCCCACUGAUACAAGCAUUCCUGAAACAGAGAAAAAUGACCCUAUUCCCACAACACCACUCACACCCAAACAAGUUGAAUAUUGUAAUUUAACUAUCAACAAGCAGGAAAUUAAUAGCUAUGCAAAUCUGUUACUGGGAGAUAUUGCUGAAAGUCCUAAUAACCUGAAACCCAGCCUUCAUUCUAAUAUUUCAGAUCCAAACCAAAAGUUUUCAGAGUCCGAUACUUUUACUUCUUUGUCACCAGUGGAAGAACUCGAAGUUAACUACGCUAUUCUGGAUAUAGAGACCAGCAAGGAUUCUGGAAAAGCAGCAAGAGAAUUGGUUUCACCAGAAAGUCAAUCAUACGCAAGUUCAAAAAAUGAAAGCACUGCUUCUCAUUCAUCACAGACUCGUGGGCGUUUGGUGACGCAGAAUAGCUUUGACAAGAUGACCACAACAAACAGUUUGUCAACAAUGGCUCCUUUGAAUAUUGGAUAUACUACUAUUGAUUUUGAUAAAACAGUUGCAUUGACAUCUGUUGCUUCAGGCGAUAUUAACGACUGCUCGAGAAAGACACGACAUAAUUCUUGCAGCAUCGCAUGUGGCAGCCCAGGCAUUGACAAAAAUAAUAAAUAAGUUAUGUUAAAUCAUCUUUACAUAGAUGCUAUUUUACAAAAAUGUAUUAGGUUAAGUAUAUGGUACCUAAAAGAAAUCUGCCAAAUAUAUAUUAAGUUAAUUUUGUUUAGUAUGAAUCAAAAAUGUUUUAAAUCUUAUUAAGAUUCUAUAAGUACAAUUGUAAAUGACAAGAAUUGCUUUGAGAUAAUAAUGACAAUUAAAAUUAGUAGUAGCACAAAACUAAUUGCCAAAUACAACUUAAAUUAUAAGUAUUGUAGAAAAUUAAAAUGAUAUUACAGACUAGAGAAGUAUUAAAUCGGUGGUAGAGACGAUCUACAAGCUUUUUGAUAUUUUAUCAGUUGAUUUUACUUAUUAUUCCACCUGAUUAUUAUAUGUUAACAACAGAAUAAAUUAUUUUAAAAAUGAUGUUAUGUUAAGUACAUGGCUUAAAAUAAAAGCAAACAUAUGUUAAGUCAGAUGCUCUAAAUUUGUAUUAAAUGUAAUAUGACGAUAUGUAUUGCUUUAUAUAAUUAUAAUGCAAGGUAUAACAGCGAAAAAUGUUGAUCACAGUUGUGAUUUGAUUGUGCUGAUUAUAGUUUAGCUUUAAGUGUUGACAAGGCUAAUUUGCCAAUGGCGCAGUUUUUGCCAAAGAUUUUUUAAACCUAAGUAAAAAUCAAAGACUCGUAUUUUUUUAAUUACAAUAUUUUGCAUCGUUUGUUAAACAAAUAUUUAUAAAAAAAAUGUGUAUUUAAAUAUAAAAUAUUUAGUUGUUAGAUAAUAAAUUAAGAAUAAGGUAGGCAGACUUGCCUAUAACUUGUCUACCUAUGGCUAACGAACAUUGGGAGAAAUAUGGAACUAAGUCUGGCACAAGCUAACAAAUGAUGUAAUGAAAAAUGCAAUGAAAGCGCUUUCAAUCCAGGAUUUUUAUAUUAUCCAUUAGGCCAUAAAUAACAUUUCUGUUUUAUAUUUCAUUAUGCAAAGA